AUGCAAAAUCAAAUUAUUGCUGAUAGAUUUGACUAUUUAUCUACGAACGAUAAUAACGAUAAUCGUUCUUAUUCUCAUCCUCCUAAGCCUUCACUAACGCUUCAAGAUCUUAUUCCUGAAGUGUUAGAAUCCAUUUUGAUAUUUCUUCCAUUUCCAAAUACUGUCGCACCUGUAUGUAAAAAAUUUAGUGCAAUAGUAUUAAGAUAUCCAAGUUUUAAACGUCGCUGGCUUCGUUUAUGGCUUCAUCCAAAAUUACCUGAUGCAUUUUUACCUACCUACGCGGAACUUUGCAAAGCGGUAUCAACUCAAACUCCAUUUAACAUUUUAAUUCAAAUUAUCGAUUUACAAAAGUUAUGCAAUAGACUUUUGGCUUCUUCGGUUGACGGUAGCGUUACGAAAUUACUUGAUGUAGCAUAUCUUCAUAAGGAAAAGAAUAAUUUAAUUCCAUUUUUGAUUCAUCGAGGAUUAAAUAUUAAACGAUACAUUAAAGAUCAUACGAGUAAAGAUGACUUGCGUACAGAAGGUGGUACAAAUCUUGAUAAUAAAUCAACAAAGGAAUAUUUAUUACCAUUGGUGGUCGCUGUACAAAAUUCAAAAUGGUUUAAAAAUGAACUUGCAUGCUCCAAAGAUUUCUUUACUGAAACAGAAUUAGCAUUUGCUAUUGUUCUUCAUGAACGUCUUGAUGUAGCAUCAGUGGUAGCAGUUCAUCCUCAACAUACAUUAGAUAUUUUAGAAGAAAGUGUAGAUAGAAUAUUUACAACAGGCAUCGCUUGGGCAUUUCAACGUGGGGUAGGAGAAGCGCAAAGACAAAAUCCAUUAUAUCUUCGUUUAUGUAUAGAAAAAGCGGACGUUAUAUCAGCCAAAGUUAUUAUUGAAAAUGGAGCAAAUAUUAAUAUAUCACCAUCAGCUCAUACAGUUGAUCUUACAAGUUAUGGGUCAACAAGUCUUUUAGAAUUUACGGAUCCUAAUGCGGACAAUGGAAGACCUUUAGCACUUUGUGUAACUAAUCAUCAUUGGGAACUUACUUAUCUUUUAUUAAGUCAUGGAGCAGAUGUUAAUUGUGAUGAAAGAAUAGCAGUACGAAUUGCCACGGAAUUAGGAUAUAAAGAUAUGGCUAAAAUUGGUAGUGGUAGUGGAGAAUUAUUGAAAGGAAUGGUUAAGCGAAUGAGUUUUUUGGGAAGAAGUAUUAGAAGAAAAAGCGAAAGUGAUGGUGAUGAUGCCAUUCACAAAAAUGGUAAUUGUCAUAAGAAUGGUGCAUCAAGAGGGUGA